AUGGCGUGCGGGGAGGGGGUGUGGCAUGUUGGGCGGUUUUGGAUCAUGAUCGUGACGGUGUUGAUGGCGGUGUUGGGGGUGGGGGGCGUGGGGGCGUCCGACAAGUCGUGCUUCGCGGUGAACAGGACGGAGACGGCGUUCGUGGGCAGCCCGAUGGAGCUGCAGGCCGUGUUCACGCCCCGGGGUGGUGCGGGCGUGGACCUCGUGUGCAUCAACGGCGACCAGACGCUGGACGACCUGUCCUUUCUGCCGAGAAUGGAGCUGCGGAACGACCUGACGCUGUGCGGGCGGCGCGUGUCGUCGUCGGCGAUCACCGCGUCGCCGGACUUCAAGAUGGCGACGGUCAACGGCGGGCUCAAGGUCUGCAACGUGUCGUUCAUCAUGGACAGCCCCAGCGAGGACCCGGGGCUGAGGCUGGAGUCUAUGGUGUUCGACAUUGGGCCGGGCGCCAGCGUGGUGUACAGCAACGUGUUCUUCUAUCUCUCUGAGGGGCCGUAUGGGGCUCUGAGGGACGCGCUGGAUGCCAGGCAGGGCGCCAACGGCACGCAGGACGCGUUCAGGGUGGCGUCGCAGAGGAUACUGCUGGAGUCCGUCACGUUCGGCAGGGUGAAGUUUGAGGAGGUGGAGGUCUUCUUGCAGGAGUCGUUCUUGCUACCCAUUCCGAGCAGAGACGCGUUCGACUCGGUGGAUAUCAACAGCACGCGAGGCAUCUCGAGGAUGAGGAAGGCGCGCGCCACGCAGCUGCUCGAGCUGGUGGUCAAUUUCCUCGCCAGCAUCAAGGUGUCCAAGUGCCUGCUGAUGUCGGUGCACGGGUCCAGCAGUCCGAUCCCCGUCGAGCGCCCCACAACGCUGAGGGCCGGGGCCGGCGGCCUAGUGAACCUGGAGUUCAACACGGACAUGCGGCGGGGCUUCCUGGACGUGCAGCACCAGGUGCGCGUGGACGGGCUCGCCAUUAUCAACGAGGCGAUCUACCUGGAGCUGGAGCGGAGAGACGUGGAAACGGGGGGCUGCAGGCUGAGCGAGGCCGGGUGCUUCGAGUCGAUGAAGAACGAGACCAACGUCGAGGCCAAGGUCCACCGGGAAAUGUUCAAGUACAGCCGGGAUGGGCCGGAGUGCCGCUUCGUGGCCCGCAACGCGCUGAUGGUGCACAGCUGCGACUUCGUGCGGGACCUGGCGCUGCUGCUGGUGUUCCACCGGAACAGGAUCGCCGCGGAGACGAGCCUGUUCGCGGCGCUGGACGAGACGAUCCAGCUGUCGGAGCAGGAGACGCUGGGCAACACCACGAUACGGUUCAACCGGUUCGUUGGGUUGGGGAUGUGCCUGCAGAACACGACCGUGACGUGCGCACCGUCACCUGUGGAGAGGGGGCCGGAGCCCAGGUGCCGAAUGUUUGAGAACACAGAUACCACUGACCCGGAGGUCACCACAGAUCUGUCUGAAAGCUACUACUACAAAGAGGUGGACUCCUCAGGCGACGAGGAAGGAAUCAACACAUCCGACUACUACCCCACUUCUUCUGACUAUGAGAAUGGUGGCAACACUUCUGACGACAACACUGUGGAAAGCAACAGCACGGGCAUCUUCUUGGUCGCAACAGGCGCGUUGCUCUGGUUUGUCACGGCAUGCCUUUUCUUUUACUGGUACAAAACAUCCAGGAAGGCAAGGAAGCCAUGCGAACUGGUUGCAGCAGAGCAGGGGGAGGCCAAGGGGGAGACAAAGGGGGAUGCCAAGGGGGAGGAUGAAGACAGUCAAGAACCUGCUUCGUCAAGCCGUGCUUGUUCACAGGACGAACUCGGGUUUGUGGAUUUGGUGAAGUGCAAGGGACAAGACGACUUGCUUGGGUCUGGAGUCACCAGAGAGUCGCUAAUCGGGGCCAUUUCGUCAGCUACAGCAGGGAUCGAAGACACAUCUGCAAGGAUCCAACGCCAGAUCGCAGCUGGCGGAUCUGGAGUAGUGUACAAAGGAACCUGGAAGAACAUUACUGUGGCCAUAAAGACUGUGGUAUUCCAGGACCUGUCUGAAUCAUCAAACAGGCAGAAGCAGCGUGCCAUCUUUGAGGCGGCGAUCAGUUCCAGUGUCGCACACAAGAACAUCGUUCAGACCUACGCUUACUCCUUCAAACGGCUCCAUGCGUCCAGCAUGUUGACAUCAGACUACAAGGACCCCAAGCAGCUGAACAUCGAGUCCACAACCACUGGCACUGGUGUUGUGGUGGACUGGAAGUUGUACAUCGUGCAGGAAUUCUGUGACGGUGGCAGCUUGCGGGAGUGCCUGGAUAAAAAGAUGGUUCUUGAAAAGGAGGACGGCCGCCCUAAACUGGGGGCCAUAUGCCAGCUGGCUUUGGAGGCAGCUUCUGGAAUGAGUCACCUCCACACACAGCACAACAUCGUGCACGGGGACUUAAGCUCCAAGAACAUACUGUUAAAGAGGGACCCAACCGAUGGGCCCGAUGUGCUGGGGGUCGCCAAGAUCGCAGACUUCGGUCUGAGCAUCAAGAUGGGAAUGUUGCAGAGCCACAUAUCAAAUCAGCGGGCUGGGACACCGUUCUACAUGGCCCCAGAGCUGUGCCACCAGGGCAAACUGUCAAAGAAAGCAGACGUGUUUUCCUUUGGGGUGUUCAUGUGGGAGCUCUACCACUCAAAGAAGUGCUACCAUAUGAACGCCAAGACUGGCAUGCAAUACCACCCUUUGUUUCCGAAGUUCCCAAUCAUGUGUCCCAUACCCUAUGCGAUGCUCUGUGUUGUGUGCAUAUCUCCGAAGCCGGAGAACCGCCCAAGCUUCGACUUCAUUGCGAGGGUGUUCGCAUCGCUGAAGAAGCAAGUGGAUGCAGGGAUGUUCAAUGACUUUGAGGAGGUGCGUCUCAAGAACAUGGGCCUUGCCGCUGGGCUGGGGCGAAUGACAGCACCCAAAAUCUUGGAGUUGAUAGCUGACCAGGUUGGCAUCUCUGUUGAGGACUCGUUGGCGCGCGGGUGCUCAUCAUCAGGCCAGGAUGAGUCCUACUCAGUGCAGAGCGAGACUUCCAGGACCGAUAUGUCCAACUCAAUAAAAUUCCCCCAUUCCAUGUUCCUGCCCUCCAACCAGCUCUGGAGUCAGAACGGCAGCACGAGUGUGGAUCGCUCAAAGGAGGGUGAGGAGGUGCACCUCAGCCAGGCAUACGUUGCCCCAUUCAACUGUAUUGUGACGGUGUCAGUCUCGACGGAGGUCGACCCAGACGCCCCAAAACAAGCCCCCCAGCACGAGCACUUUAACAUAUCUUGGCAGUGCGAGCCAGCGGCGAGUGAGCCCUGGGGAGAGCGCAUACCAGAGGAGACGGGGUCCCAUAUUUCUGCGUCUUGCAGCCGGCCAGGGGGAGCAGGUAGCACCGCCUCUGGCUCUGGAGGGGGAGGCAGUACGGGAUACCAGGUUUCCAAUAAUCCUGGUUACAGUAGAAGUGAUGGGAUGGCAGAUGCCACAAAGGAUGUGAUAGCGCAGAGGAAGGUUCCCAAACCUGCAUUGGGCCCCUGUGCAGCGAACAGCAGCUGCCGUGGAGACGACCCACUCAGUGGGGACGCUGCCCCAAGCAGCAAUGAGUGGUCCAGCUCAGGGGGUGACGGUACUGGAAAACGAUUGCUACCAGGGCCCCCCCGUGGCAGGAUCUCUCCAAGGGUAUCGCCUAGACUGGUGCCCAGGGCUGUUGGUCCCAAGGCUGCAGUGUCAAGGCAGGAUUGCGUGCCACCCCACAAGUUGCCAGUGGUGCAGGAGGAGUGUGACACUGCAUCAGGCGAAGUGAGCAGCAGCAUUCUCACCACCGUGGAUACCGAGGACACCAUCGAUGUGCAGUCAGCCUUCAUGCCCUCCACAAGGAGCGGUGAAGAAGAGGACCAGUGUGAGGACCCAGAUGCAGCGCUUCUUGAGGGCAUGGUGCAUUCGGACUCACAUUCAGUUGUGGAUUCACACAACCCAACUACGUCUUGA